AUGGCAUACAAUUACCGUUUCGCCAUCUUCCUCACUUUCCUCUUCGCCGCCGCCGGUCUUUCCGCCGCCGCUUUGGUCAAGGAGCAGCCGCUGGUUCUGAAAUACCACAACGGCGCUCUCUUGAAAGGAAACAUCACCGUCAAUCUCGUUUGGUACGGAAAAUUCACACCCAUCCAACGGUCCGUGAUCGUCGAUUUCAUCCGCUCGCUCAACUCCAAAGACGCCACCGUUCCUUCCGUCGCGUCGUGGUGGAAGACGACGGAGAAAUACAAAGGCGGCUCAUCAACCCUUGUCGUCGGGAAACAGCUUCUCCUCGAGAACUAUCCUCUCGGAAAAUCCCUCAAAAAUCCUCACCUCCGUGCUCUAUCCACCAAGCUCAACGGCGGUCUCCGUUCCAUCACCGUCGUCUUAACGGCGAAAGACGUCAACGUCGAAGGUUUAUGUAUGAACCGAUGCGGGUCUCACGGAUCCUCCGGCUCGAAAUCGCGUCGCGCGGCUAACGGCGCCGCCUACGUCUGGGUCGGGAACUCCGAGACGCUGUGCCCGGGAUACUGCGCGUGGCCGUUUCACCAGCCGAUUUACGGACCGCAAACGCCGCCGUUAGUUUCUCCUAACGGUGACGUCGGAGUUGACGGAAUGAUUAUAAACCUCGCUACACUCCUCGCUAACACCGUCACGAAUCCGUUUAAAAAUGGAUAUUACCAGGGCCCACCAACUGCGCCGCUUGAAGCUGUCUCCGCUUGUACUGGCAUCUUCGGGUCGGGUUCUUAUCCGGGUUACGCGGGUCAAGUCCUCGUCGACAAGACAACCGGGUCUAGCUUCAACGCCCAUGGACUCGCCGGUAGGAAAUAUCUCUUGCCGGCGAUGUGGGAUCCACAGACCUCAACGUGCAGAACACUGGUUUGA